GCAGUUCAGGGCCAUGAUUUCUGAUUGUCCGUGGUUUAACCUAUCCUAUCCUAUGUUUGUCUCGUCCAUCGUAAACAAGCACGUUCAUAAAAGCGGUGAUUAAUUUUUUAAUAUUAAUAAACAAACAAAGAGAUAUGCCUCGAUUACCUUUACAUCCUUCGUCUGGGACAGGUACUAUUUCGCCACUGAGCAAGGCGCUACGUCUUGUUCGUUACGGUUGCACCAAUAGACCGUUCUAUCAUAUCGUCGUAAUAGAUGUGAAAAAGGCGCAAAGAAGUCCACCAAUAGAACAAGUUGGCGUCUACGACCCUAUUCCAAAUGUGCACAAUGAAAAAUUAGUGUCCUUCAAUUUCGAAAGGAUACAAUAUUGGCUGGCCAAAGGUGCACAGAUAACCACACCCGUUGCAGAUUUAUUAGGACUCGCUGGAUUCUUACCUGUUCAUCCAAGAACGUAUAUGAGAGCAUGGAGAAAUCGUCGCAAAAUUGUAGAAGAAAGUGUAACUAAAGAAAGUACGUGUCAAGAAUAAGCGGUUGUACAGUUGUAUAGUUGUUGCGAGACGCAACGGACGUUAAUUUUGUACAAAUUUCGCAGUUUAUUUUAAUAAAAUUAUCCUUAAGUAGAAGAUGCACGUCACAUGUCUUUGCAGUGUUCUAGUCUUUUGUCUAGCCUUUUUUUAAUCAAUAAAUUACUGAUUCAAACUGUCUGGACAAUGAUUCAAUUGUCAUACGCUUUUCCACGUAAAUAUCUCCAGUUUUAUAUUUGCAAUGUCUUCGAAAACUAUACGUUUAUCGUUUUGAUUAAAUAUUUAUAUUUUAAAGUUUAUUGCAAUGACAAUUUUUAUUAUUGUAUACAUCAAAUUUGGAUAUAAAUUGUUAUUGACAUUUUAAUUGUUCAACGCACAUUAUCAUCAAUCGCAAUGCAAACAAUGUGUUGUGUCAAUUAGAGUAAAGCGAUGACGGAAAGAAUAAAAUGAAAAGGAAAAAAGGGGGGAAAAAAAAAAAAACAAGUUCCCCAGGUGAGGCUCGAACUCACAACCCCGGCAUUGCUCACUGAAUUACUGUUUAUAAGUACCGUGCGCUAACCGAUUGCGCCACUGGGGAUUCCGACUUUUGUUCUUCCUGUUACAAUAGAUCCAAGAGCAUACAUGCAUGUGUACAUACCUGUGUAUGUGAAUAAAAAAUCGAUUUUGAAAAUUUA